UGUAACGCGGGAAAAAUAGAAGUGAGAGGGAUCGCGCCGCCGCCGCUGCCUGCAUCCAUUCAUCGGGCUUUCCAUCGUCCUGUGCGAGCCCGCCGCGGGGCUAUGCCGGCUGGGGGACCCACCUCCCCGCAGCAUGAUGUCCGCCGUGUGCCCCUCUCCGCUCUCCCAGGACUCCUCUCCCCCCCGCCCGGUGCUGGUGUCGGUUAUUAAGGCGGUCUCCUCCAGCGCCCACACUCCGCUCAAGCCACGCCGCCCUCCCUGCUCCGCCGGCGGCGGGAUCCACCCGGGGGCUCAGCCCAGCCCGGUGCCCACCUCCCCCGGGUUCAGUGAUUUCAUGGUGUACCCGUGGCGCUGGGGGGAGAACGCGCACAAUGUCACGCUCAGCCCGGGGCCCCCCGCCCGCCACCAACCGCCCCCCGCCGACAGGGCCCGCAUCGGGGACGGCAUCGGGAGCGGAGCGGCCGGCGGAGGUGGAGCGGGCAGAGGGAGCCAGGACAGCGCCGGCAGUCUGAGGGUGAGUGAGUGAGUGCGGCCUGGGUAACCAGCACAGACAGCUGUCAGACAGUCACCCCAUGUGGGAGGACUUUAAACAUGCUCACACCGCACUGCGAGCUGCCAUGCCUGCUCCGGCACACCCCCUCCACCCAACACACCGUGGGACAGACACCCAGCAGCACUCUGCAGGCACACUAACAUUACACGCUCUAGGUCAGGAUUUCUCCUUUAGACACAUGGCUAGAAAUUGAACAUGCGCUAACAUUGUCUGCUCUGAUAGAGAAUCACAACCCUAAAUAAAUAGGGCAGGGGAGAGUCUGUAAAGUUGGAUGACUUUCUCCACGUUUGAUAGAAAGAUAGGGAUGCGAGCAACAUAGUGGGUAGUAAUUCACAUAAUAUCCUAUGAUUAUAGUCCCAUACUAACAGUAACAAAUUCUCUUGUGUAGAUUUACAUACAAGAUAAGCUGUUUUAGGGCUAUGAGCUCUCACAUUUCCCAUUGAAAUUUGUAGGCGUUCCUUCUGUUUAUUAUCUAUAGAAUACAACUAAAAUCUCUUUUAGAUAUUAUGCUGUGCUUGCUGAUCUUCCUGAUUUUUGACUCCUUUCCACUUUAAUUUUUCCCUCUCGUUUAUGAUGUGAUCUGUCAUUCUUUCUAGUAAAUGCUGCUUUUGUUUUUUGUAUGGUAUAGCAAAGUAACAUCUGCUGGGCUUAAAAUGUGUAGACUCAUGUUACUAGCCAGGCCUUAAGUUAUUGGCCACUACAAGCCUUGGUUUACGCUCAAAGGCUGAAUUUUCUUCUCCCCAGAGCUAAAUUCUCACUUGCUACUGGAAAGUGGAAUUUGUGAGCUCCGGAUUUGUUUAAGGGGUACAAUGUUGUUUAUGCCUUAAUUGGUACACCGUUACAGCUAGCUAAAUUGCUGCUUGGUAUACUAUGAGCACGAAGAUCUGUUAUUUUAUUUUUAAAGUACUGGUUGUAUUCCAACACACUUAAAUAUAUUUGGGGUUAAGUAUCAAAGUGUGUCCAUGCUAAGAGUGGUGAAAUUGAGACAAAAGUCCCUCUAGGAUUAACCCUUUUUUUUAAAUAAACAUAGCCGUUUCAGAGAAACGGCUAUGUUUAUAAAUGGGUUAAUCCAGCCUCUAAAGCCUAUAGUGGCUGUCUCAUUGACAGCCGCUAGAGGCGUUUGCGUGCUUCUCACUGUGAAAAUCACAGUGAGAAGACGCCAGCGUCCAUAGGAAAGCAUUGUAAAUGCUUUCCUAUUAGACUGGCUUAAUGCACCCACAGCUCCUGCCGCACAUGCGCAUUCAGCCGAAGAGGCGGAGAGGAGGGACCUUGAGGGUGGGGGAACGAGUGUGUUUUCCUGGCACUAUUGUGCACUUCUCAACAAUAUAUAUAUAUAUAUAUAUAUAUUUUCUCUUCCCACCUGGGAUGCAUCCAUAUGCCAGCUUUGGCAAAAUAGAAAAUUAAUUUUGUAUGUGUAUAUAUGAAUGUAACUUCAUUUGUUUUUAAAUUCUAAUAUAAUGUAGUCUAGAAUUAUGUGUGCACUCAUUUAACUGGUUUCCAUAAUGAUUGUAUCACUUCUAAAGCUUUAUCGUGUUUCAGUUAGCAACAUUUGUUAAAUCUCCACUUAGAGAUUUUUGUACAUUUCUCAAAGACAUAAGCACAAGAAUAAAACCGAAUGAACCUUGCCUCGUUUGCAAAUGGAAUUACUUACACAUCACCCCUAUAGUGUUUUUUACUUUAUUUUUGAAGACUAAAGUUGAGGAAACUGAACUCUUUGAGCUCCAAAAUGUGGAAAGAGACACUGACAUUUGUAUGUUUUGUAAAAACCAUGCAUAACUUGAAAUGCAUAACUCGGUGUGAUCUUUGCAAUGGUGGUCUGGACAUAAUACAAAACUGUAAAUGAUUUUAGCAAUCCAAUACUUUCCCAUUGGGAGGCUAGGGUGCAUGUGUGGCAAAAUGCUGCUGUGCCAUCUGAAGUCAUCAGAUAUAAAUAGCGGUUUUGGAGGAAGCACCCUUAGUGACUCAGAAUGACAGCUGCUAGAGGCAUUUAUACUUUUCCAUUCAUGCAGAACUGCAAUGUUUUAUAUUGCAGGGUUUAGCUGACAGGCACAUGGUACUUAGACUACUUCAUUGGGUGCCUAUAGUGUCCCUUUAAACAAGGCUGUUAUAGUGCCUACAGUGUUAAUGUCAUUAAGUUGUUACGGUGUGUGUAGCCCCUGGUGUCUUUCUUCCGUUUAUUGUUGAACCACUUUUUUUAUGCCAAACGAGUACUCUGUGUUCUCUGGGCUAGUGAGGCAGCAUUAGCCAGAACAGCAAGUGGUCCGUUAUUGACUGAGAGCAUCAACAAACUGCUUUCAGACCAUCACAACUGCCUCUGCUGGUAUGAAUUGGUAUGGCUGAUAUAAAUAGUAUAAUCCUUGUCUUAACCAUACCACUUGUGUGGGCCCAACUGUGGGCAACCAGGAAGCCUAAUGCCGUAGUAAACUGCUCGGAAAUCUUUAAUACUGAAAUAAGGGACGGUGCCAGCACUAGAAAUAAUUCCAUGAGAUUAAAUGGUUAUAGAACCUACAGUGUCCAUUUAAUAUCAUGCAGUCUACCAGUGUCACUCCUACACUUUAAGCCAUUACUAUGAGCCGAUUUUGACAAGACAAUGUUACAUAUUGCUGUAAAUGUUUAAAUUGCCUACUAGUUCUGUAAAGGCAUUGUAAAAAGAUAAUUUUGCUCAUGCUUGUGGCAGCUUUCUUCUACAUACAGUUGAAAUUGAUAGUGUCCAUUUCUUGCCACAUGUGCAAAUUGACUAGUGAAGUAGUCAGUGAAAGUGUUUCAUCUGUCAGAAAGAAAAUGUGUAAUGAUCUACCAAGUGGAUAGGUCAGGGCUUGACAAAUUUGCUUUGAAUCUAGGAGCCAGCUAAAAAAAAAAAUUAGGAGACAGAUUUUUUUUUCUUAAAGGGACACUAUAGUCACCUGAACAACUUUAGCUUAAUGAAGCAGUUUUGGUGUAUAGAACAUGCCCCUGCAGCUUCACUGCUCAAUCCUCUGCUAUUUAGGAGUUAAAUCCCUUUGUAUAUGAACCCUAGUCACACCUCCCUGCAUGUGACUUGCACGGCUUUCCAUAAACACUUCCUGUAAAGAGAGCCCUAUUUAGGCUUUCUUUAUUGCAAGUUCUGUUUAAUUAAGAUUUUCUUAUCCCCUGCUAUGUUAAUAGCUUGCUAGACCCUGCAAGAGCCUCCUGUAUGUGAUUUAAAGUUUAACAUUUAAUUCUUUUUUUUUUUUCAAGGCACAUGUGGAGUGGGGUAGAAUAUUGUGGACAUGGAUAAUAAAAUGUUUGGAAUACAAGUUUGUAUUACCAACCCGUGGGUGUUCCUUUAAGGCAUAAUUCAGUUGGUCCUUUGCUGAGGCAGGCACAAAUCCUGUCCCUGUGAAAGCAGCACAGACAUUUGAGAAACAUGCUUUUUUACAAAAGUCCUAUAAAUGUGCCAUAUGGAGUCAUUGAGUGCUGCAAAACAGUUUGUCUAGGGAGAUUGCAUCUCUAUGCACCUUUCUUGAACCGUCAAUGUCUGGCUGCAAUUGCAUUAUUCACUAAAGUGUCCUUGUGUGUUUUUCCAUGCAGAGUAUAUAUUGAUGUCCCUGCAGGUCACAUGUGUGACUUCUGCAAAAAUAUGAAGUUUCUUUUGAUGUAAAAAAACAAACCCUUUUUAGCUGUAGCGGUUGUGGUGCGUGAAGUGUAGGCACAUAGUUUUUAUUUUUAGUACGGUGUGACAACUAGCCUUCUAUUUAUUUGUUUUCGGAUGAGCGCAAAAAGCGCGCCUAUGUACAGAAUUCCUCAAAAUGUUUUGUUUGUAAAGGCUACAAUGUUAUGAGCAUGCCAAAUGCAUUAUGGGGCACUAUACACCAAUGUGUAUUCCUGACACUAUUGAUCUAAAACCACCAUUUACGUGGUUGGCUCUCUCUACCUCUGGUUAGAAAGGUGAUUUUACUUCACUUUCCCCAGCGAUGCCCCAAUCCACCUCCUUGGCUUACAUCAUCAGAAUUGAUCUCAGCCAGGUAGUGUGGGGGGAGCCAAAUGUCACCCUGGCCAAUCGGCAUCUGAACAUCCAUGCUGCACUGACCCAAGAAGCACCUCUAGUGGCUCUCUGAGGAGUGCCCACUAGAGGUGUUUCUAGGGUGUAAUGCAAACACUGCCUUUACUCUGAAUAUCUGAUAAACACAACUUGUGCUACCUACAUGCCUUUUCAAUGUAUUUCUGAAGGAUGAAUGUAUGUUUUGUUUUUUGUUUUUUAAAUUUAAGAUUUUUUUUUUUUGUAUGUGUGAAGAGUGAUUAUGCUGUCAAAUAUAUUUUUUAUGGUAUAGGAUGGGAUUCGACGUGGCCGUCCAAGGGCAGAAACGGUUAGAGACUUAAUAAGUGAAGGUGAACAUUCUUCAAGCAGGAUUCGAUGCAGUAUCUGCAAUCGGGUGUUUCCUCGUGAGAAGUCUUUACAAGCUCAUAAAAGGACACAUACAGGUAAGUAAAUAUUUUAAACAUUUCUAAAUUGUUUGGCACAAGUUGUGUAAAAUUUUAACAUAACCUUGGCACAUGAGUCUCCCCACACCUACAGGUGCGCUAAAAAGAAAUACCAUUAAUAAUAGCUGUUUUGUUUUUUUUAAAAAUUAUUUAUUUAUUUUUUUUGCAGAUAUUUCAAUGCUCUUCCAUUCAGUCAGCUUCACAAACUGACAAGGUUAUUCAUUUAAAGGAACACUACUGUUUAACUAUUAGGUCCCCAGCCCCCCUUAGAUGCAUGGGAAUAUUGAUUUUUGCUUACCCUUUCUCCAUUGCCAUGACGUCUCUCCGCAGCUCCAUCAAUCUUGAUGGCCUCAGCCAACCCAAUGAUUUCCCACAGAAAAGCAUUUUGAAGCUAUUUUGCAUGCAUGUCAAAACGCCCUGCUGCACCAAUCCGCAUCUUUUCAUAGAGAAGCAUUGAUUCAAAGCAUCUCUAUGGGUAAUGUUUAGCACCUCCAUGCAGCACUGGACUAGGAAGCACUUCUAGUGGGCAUCUGAGUUACUGCCACUUGAGAUGUUCCUAAACAGCAAUGCGAACUCUGCCUUUUCUCUGAAAAGUCAGCGUUUCACAGUGCUCAGCCUGCUUUGACAGGCUAUAGACACCAGAACUACUACAUUAAGCUGUAGUGGUUCUGCUGAUCAUAGUGUCCCUUAAAGUGUGAACUGUUGAGAAUUCAGCAUUUAGUUCUAAAGAGCCACUGGAAACACCCUGGACUUUGAACAACUUUGCGGUUUGGCCAUGUUUGCCUAAAACUAAAUAUUCACACUUAACUGAAUAACCGUCAGUAACUAAAAUGUGUCUAAAUUCUCAGGUCUACCUUUUUUUUAAUUUAUUUUAUCUGUAUUUUAUUCACCUCUACAGUGAGGUCUUACAGGGCACAUGACUUCAUGUCCUUCCAUUCCACACUCUCUUAGAAUCACUGACACCGUAAUAGAUAAACACUGCAUAAAUACAAGCAGAUUUUGUAAUGUUAUUAACUGUUCUACAUGGCUGAACAUGUUGAACCUUUUCGUCAUUUGUAGGAAAAACUGCUGUUUUUAAAUCUAAAAUGUACUACUCGUCAAGUUAGCUGUGGGCCUUUUAGGUCUAUUUUAUUUAAAUUUAAAAGGAGAGAAUGUACAUUUUAAUGUCCACAUUCUCUCCAAGGACAUGUUUAACCCUUCAGGUUAACUUGUGCAAAAGAAAAAAAAAUAGCCAUCUAUGUGCAUGUGCACAAACCCAUAAUGUCUACUAUAUGUAUACAGAAGGGCUCAGGGUCAUGCAAACAUCAGCUUGGAGGGAAUGUAGAGUGUAUAUGUCCUUUUACAUGCAUGUAUUGAACAUUUUAUCUGUAUACUGUGAUGGCAGAAUUACUAGCAAAUGUAAAGAUUUGGAGGGAACGCUCCCUUCAUGCAGAAUAAUUCUCUCACAUAAUUCACUCACAGGAAAAGCAUAAAAACGCUCCUUUAGAAAAAAAUUACUUGUUUUCAGCAGCAUAACCCCCACAUGUUUUCUCUUCAAAAGACAUCUUCAUCAUUGGGAGUGCAAAGUGUAUAUGCUUAGCUAAUGUGAAAUCCGUAUGGACUGAACUACAGGCAUCAGUCCCCCACGUGUAGCCAAUCACUAUCCUCGUACACUUGACACAGCUUUGAAACACUAUACAAAUUAUUAAGACUGAUCAGUUGUUGGGCAGGAUUAAGACAGCAGCUCUCAUGAUCUGAGAUUAUACAGUUUACCUUCCAGUUAGGAACAUAUUUGGUGAGAGGAAGGCAUGGCUAUAGUGGUGACUGCAAACCCCAUGGUGCAGUAAGAAAAGUUUGAUAUAAACCAGGGCUCUUCUUUGCACAUGGAAACCCCCUCCACAACUUUAUUGAUAAUGAGGAAUUAAACAGAAAAGUCACAAGGACUACUACAGCGUAGUGUAGUAGUUCUGGUAUCUACAGCAUUGCAGGCCACUUAAUGUAAACACUAACUUUUCAGGUUGUGCUCCAUACAAUGUGUUAAGAUAAAUUUGAACACUGCAGCUUUAUGGCCCAAUUUAAUUUCCAUCUCUGCAAUUAAGGAAUCUACAUUUCUUCUCAGCUGCCUUUUGGUUAUGGGCUCUGUUUAUCACUGAUUGCUGCCUUUCUUAUAUUCCAUCUAUCUUGUCUCCUUUUUUCAUAAGGCCAUUUAUAUAACUUACUGACAAAGUAUAAUCUGUAUGCUUGGAUAUAUCAUACCUUCAGUUGCUACUUUUAAAUAUUUUCUGUUUUCCCAUUAUGACUUAAUUGUUCUGUUUUGCACUUGUUCUUGUGCUGUUUUGUACUUUUGGGCAAUGUCUAUUUCUGUUUAUUACUGGUUGUUAUGUAUGUUGUCUUGUCUUUGCCUUUUCAAAAUAAAGAAUGUAAAAAACACUUUUAAAAAAAUUUUUUUUGUAACAGGUGAAAGACCUUACCUUUGUGACUACCCUGAAUGUGGAAAAGCUUUUGUUCAAAGUGGUCAACUGAAAACACAUCAACGCCUUCACACAGGAGAGAAACCUUUUGUAUGCUCGGAAAAUGGUAAAAUCUCUAAAAUCUCUUGUGUUCGGUUAUUUUCUAUUUCCUGGGGUGAGCAAAAAUAACAUUUCAUUGUCUACUUUAGGAUGUAUUAGUCGGUUUACUCAUGCAAAUCGGCACUGCUCCAAGCAUCCAUAUGCAAGACUAAAGAGGGAGGAACUAAGCAAUAAAACAGGCAAACUCCAAGGAGUUGAAAACAAGGAUACGGCAGAAUGGCUGGCAAAGUGAGUAUGGUUUCAGGACACCAACAUGACUAUUGGUGGCUUAUUUUUUUUUUUUUUUUAAUUCUUUAUUAUUGACAGAGGAUACAAGUUUGACAAAGUAACAAAUAAGCACAUUUUUUUUCCAUUGAAAAACAUGAACAGUAACAUAUGCUCUCCCUCUUGUUCUGUAACAACCCCUUGAUAUUUGUUUAAGUGCUUUUCACUGACUUAUUCAUUCAGUGGUAUCAUCUCUGCAUGUGUUAUUUACUUUCGCAGUGUACCUCUUGUCGUCUCUUUAGUUUUUCUAAGAGUUAAACCAUUGCUUCUUAUCAACCCAUCCAAGGAGGAGCAGUCUGUUGGUUUGGUCGAGUUUCAUACUGGUUCGUGUGCCACUCUAGUACAUGCUCCUAGUCCAGUAUGUCUUAAUCUCCUCCCUUUAUCUCUAUUAAUCGCAAGAAGCAUGGUAGUAAUGUUAUUAGAUAGGUGAAUGGGAAAGAAAGGAAAAGAGAAAAGGAAGAAAGGAAUCGAGUGGUGGCGGUUGUCUAAGGCCGUCUUUAGCAAGAGUUCUUUUAUGCUUAUUUGUGGAGAAUAGUGUGGUGGGGCUGCCUCUCCUCAGCUAAGUGGGCUACUCUCCCAUGGUGCCCAUAUUUUUUGAAAUGUUUUUUGGGUUCCCCUUAAUCUAGCUGUGAGGUCGUCCAUAAGGUGGGACUAUUGUUAAUUAUACUUCUGCUAGCUACAGUGGAGUUUUUUAAUACUAUGAUGUAUGCAGUUACCAUAAAUGUGGAGAUUCAGUGUUCUAGUCUCUGUUCAGUUAUAACCACAGGCACUAAAACAUAUUAUGCAAACAAGUGUUAUGCCUGUAAAUGUAGGAAAAGUUGAGUGCUCAUACAAGAACUCCGUUCGUUGAGUCCCUUUUUACAUCAAGAAGUUUCCUUGUCUUUCUGUGUUGUAACUAUCAACGGUCUGCUAUAGUAUGAUCGCUCAUACAAGAAUCAUUGGCAGUUUUUAGUCAAAUAGCAUAUACUGUAUUACCCGGGGCAACUCUGCAGUGUAUCCUGCUUUACCAGGGAAUAAGCAACUCAAGUACCAGAGUCCUAGCGCUCAGGAUAGAAGCUCGCCAGGUGAGCUAGCAGAAGUUCUUGUGAUAUGAAGUCUGAACUGUUACGCCUUCAGUAACAGAUGUCAGGACAUUAUCACUCCCAAAUUAAUCGCGAGCUAGGAGAGAUGCUGUGUUCGCUGGUGGGAAAAGUACAGGCUAAGGCAAAGAAUCCCACGGGUGAACUGGUCCACCUUCAAGGCCAGGGACACCAGGUCCAUAUCCUCACAGGCUACUCCUUGUCCUUUUAUACAAUUCUAUUAGUGAACAGAUUAUCAGAGCUGUACUAGUCCUACUAAUAUUCGUAAAAUAUCCUGUGCACCUGAGAUUUUAUUUAAAGUAAACACGGUCAUGUCUUCCAGCCUAAGUUACUGAAAUCUUCAAUCUGCACCAUGUGUUCAGGGUGGUGCUACCAAUGAUUAAUAAAGAGGCAGGAUUAUAUUUUUGUCAUGUGAUUUGAAACCUCUUUAUGCAUGACUGUUACUUACCGGCCUUAGCAAGUGCUAUCUGAGAUUGCACAUUGUUGUUUAGCCUAUUGUCUCUAACUAACUAUUUCCACAUUCCUCUCAUGUUUUUCCUAACUUAGUACCAUUUGUCUGAGUUGCUUUUGCAGCUCUCACCCAGAAAUACAUAACUUUGCAAUUAUGUAUGGUAACUGUCAUUUGGCAGCCCAGUCCUUUAAUUUGUUCAGGUCCUUACGCAGGAAAGUAACAUCUAGCUCACAUGUUUAUAACUUACCCUAGGUUUGUGUUGUCUGUUAACACACACACCUGGCCAUCAAUGUCUAUUGCAAGAUCAUUAAUAGACUUGUUGAAGAGAAGUUGACCCAGAACAGACCACAGUAGAAACUUCACUUACCACCUUUUGUCUUACUUGAAAAGUUUACAUUGGCAGAUUAACUGCUCCUUGCAUUUUUAAUAAACCAGUUUAAAAUCAAAGGACUUCUUGCUAUCAAGGAGAUCGCUGAAUCCUCCAGACACUGCCAGUUACCUGGAGCUGUCACCGGUGACGACUGUCUAUAUUGACUGUUAGACUCCGUUCUGGGUUCAGGUGUUGGAGAAGUACAGAACCAACGUAGUCACUACUUUGUCUCUGUUUAUCACUUGACAGGGCUGACAUUUCAUUGAAAUUCCAGCAGAGUGAAAAUGAGUAUUUCCUAAAGAUUCUAUCAUAUUUGGAUGGGAACAUUUGAACACGUGGCUUUCUACCACUGUAACAUCAGGCUAUAGCAGUUAAGAGUCACCAGAAGUGUUAAUUUUUUUUUUUUUGUAAUGUUUUUUUUUUUUUUUUUUUAUUAUUCCUGAAGUAUAUGUAAAAAUAAAUAUAUAAUAGUAAAUUAAAAUUCUAUGGGGGUAAAUAAGAAUCCAUAUUGUUAAAAUGGAGGUAUUUAACCUCCUUGUCUACUAAACAUUAAAACUAGUGAUUGGGCAGCCAUUGCCCAAAGUGGGAGGGGGGGGCUAGUGUCCACUCACCCCCUGCUUAUUUAUGCUGGUUGUGGCUCGAUUUGUAAUAAAGGGGAAGGACACCUUGUGUCCACUCCCCUGGCUCACAUCCAUGUCGGCAGAUGGGGACCCUAUCGUGUAAUAAGGAGGAUGGGACCUAGAGUCCCCUUCCUGGGCCCUCACCCAUGUGGCUAGGAAAUAUUUAUUUAAAAAAAAAAAAAAAAAGUUACGGUUUUCAUGCAACGUCUGACUAGUUGCCACAUAAUCAUGCGAUUCACUAUUUGCCUGCUGCCAGUGGGCAAAUAGUAAUUAUAAUUAUCAUUUACUUGCAAAUUGCAAGUGAACAUUUGCGAACUAAAAACCUGUCAGAUGGAUCUGGUUUGUCACCGAUCGGCACGCAAUCUUAAAUCUGCGAUUUUUGGUGCAGUUAAUUCGUUCGGAUUGUAGAAAUCACAGAUUUUCUGAUCUCAUCUGAACCAAUGUUACAGAAUCUGGUAGUAAAUCGGUGCAUUGCCAAUGUGGUUGGAAUUUAAGUAGUUGUAAAUAUAUAUAUAUUGUGUGUAUGUAUAUAUAUUUUAAUUAUUGCAAUUAAUAUGACUGUAUAAGCUUGGUUGCUAAUAAGUUCUACCCUUUCUCCCCCAGGCACUGGGAAACACAAGAGGCAUUCAAAGUCAAAUCCCUCCAAAAGGCAGACCAGGAGCAGCAGGACCCCUUAGAAUAUCUUCAAUCUGAAGAUGAGGAGGACGAGAAGAAUGGGCCUCAUACUUCUGCUCGCCAUCGUCUACAGGAGCAACGAGAGCGUAUGCAUGGCGCGCUAGCCUUGAUUGAGCUUGCCAACUUGGCUAGUGCACAGCUGCGCCAGUAACCUUAUUGAAUCCAGACGUACGAAAUGUCCUGCCCUAGCAAUAUUUCUGCUCCUUUUUCUGCUGCUGGAUCAUGCUUUCCAUUGAGUACUCAGUUAGACAGAAAGAGGCAACAAAAUAGUGUUCUUGGGUAACAAGCUAAGCACCUUAUUUGCUUUGACAUAGGCUGCUAUCCUGUAGAAUUUUUAUGAAGAAUGUUGUUGCCCUCUCACAUAGAGGGGCAAGAGAGAAUUGCACUUUUUAUGGUAAAAGAUAGUUGUAAAGUGUUGUGUUUUUAUAUAUAUUUUUUGUAAAUAUGAACAGUACAGAAGCAGGGUAGACUAUCUAUGUGGAAAUGCUGGAUUUUACAAGCUUAAGUGUUCCUUUUCAGACUCUUACAAUGCCAGAUUUAUGUAUGUAGGAAAACAUUUGAAUUUCCCCUGACCCUCUUGUUUGGUAGAAAACACAAAAACCGUAUCAUAAACUGAUGUUUGGCGUCUCCCAAAUGUUUCAUAAUGCAGAGUUGACAUAAUUGAGGUUCAUCUAUCUCCAUCCUGAUCCAACUGCUGCAAGCUUGUGGCAUGUUCAGAAUGAUGAGAGAACCUGCAAGAAAGUUGUGGAAUGAAUCCCAGCUCUGAUGGUAGAGAACCAGGUACAAAGUCCUCCUACUGAAAUUACCCUUUAUAUUUGGUUCAAGAAGUGUUGCUGAAUACCAGAGGUAAUAAAUUAUGUCACCUCUGUAUAAAGAUUCUAUGUGUAAGCACACUAGUUGAUCUUCUGCAAUACAUUCAUAAUGUAGUAGAUCCCAAUAAACUAUUUUGGAGAUUCUGCAGUUAAGCUUGCAAAAUAUCAAACUUUUAUCGAAAGAGUUACCCAUAAAAUGGGUUGUAUGGUGUAGUAAGGCACUUGCAUUUUAUAAGGCGGUAUUUUACAUGGAGGUAUUGAUGUAGUAAACUAUUCUAGAUUACCAG